AUGGCCAGCUUGAGGCUUCGCAGGGUGCCAACCCUCGCCUCGUCUCUCACGGUCCCCAGAAGAUCCUACGUGCGCGCCUACAGCAUCCUUAGAACCUCUACCGACCUGCGAAAACCUGGCAACAGCUCACUGAAAAAUGCCGCAUAUCCUGCACGCUCUUCCCUUCCUGGCAUCCGACCAUUCGGAACCUCCCCGGUCUACCUGGACACCACCGUGAAGGUCCCUCAAAUGGCCGAGUCCAUAUCUGAGGGUACCCUGAGCUCCUUCUCGAAGCAGGUUGGCGACUACGUUGAGCAAGAUGAGGAAAUCGCAUCCAUAGAGACUGACAAGAUUGACGUCUCGGUAAAUGCCCCCGAAGCCGGCACGAUCAAGGAACUGCUUGUUAGUGAAGGAGACACCGUGACCGUGGGUCAGGAAAUCGCAAAGAUGGAGCCUGGUGCGGGCGGCAGUGGUGGUGCGAAGGAGGCAAAGGAGGAACCUAAACAACCUGCAUCGAGUGAGCAACCAACCAGCUCUGACCCGGAGCCCAAGAAGGAGGAGCCCAAGAAAGAGGAGCCCAAAAAGGAGGAGCCUAAGAAGGAGGCGCCGCCGCCACCACCCAAGAAGGAAGAGAAGCCUGCUCCCCCCAAGGAAGAGAAGAAGCCUGCCGCCUCCGAGGGCAAGCAGGAGGCCAAGGGGAUCGAUUCCCCAUUCGGCAAGGGCAGUCGCAACGAGGAUCGCGUGAAAAUGAACCGCAUGCGCCUGCGGAUAGCGGAGCGUCUCAAGCAAUCCCAGAACACCGCGGCUUCGUUGACAACCUUUAACGAGGUCGACAUGUCCAACAUCAUGGAAUUCCGCAAAAAGUACAAGGACGAGGUUCUCAAGAACACUGGUGUCAAGCUGGGCUUCAUGAGUGCCUUCGCCAAGGCUGCCGUUCUAGCAUUCAAGGAUGUUCCCACCGCCAAUGCUUCGAUUGAGGGUCCUGGUGGCGGCGAUACCAUUGUUUACCGUGACUACGUCGAUAUCAGCGUCGCUGUCGCUACCCCCAAGGGUCUGGUCACUCCCGUUGUCCGGAACGCCGAGAGUAUGGAGAUGAUCGAGAUCGAGCAGUCCAUUGCUGGUCUUGGCAAGAAGGCUCGCGAUGGCAAACUGACGAUUGAGGAUAUGGCUGGCGGAACCUUCACCAUCAGCAAUGGCGGUGUUUUCGGGUCCAUGAUGGGUACUCCUAUCAUCAACUUGCCCCAGACGGCUGUAUUGGGUCUGCACGCCAUUAAGGAUCGCCCCAUGGUCGUCGAUGGCAAGAUCGAAAUUCGACCAAUGAUGUAUCUUGCUCUGACUUACGAUCACCGCCUGCUGGACGGCAGGGAGGCUGUGACAUUCCUGGUAAAGAUCAAGGAGUAUAUUGAGGAUCCCCGGAAGAUGCUACUUGCAUAA